AAAAGCGCUUUCUCGCGACCCCUUUCUCUCAAUCCUUCUUCAACCUCGGAGAGCGAGAGCUCUCUCCUUCUCUUCAUCUCCCAACUCUCCUCUCCUCUUUGACGGCCUCCUGAAUCCACUCUCUCAACCCUAACCCCAUUAUCUCUCUUAUCUCGCCGUCGAUCGCCGUUACAUUGUGCUGCAAGCUCGCGCUUCGUCGUGCCAUUGCCGCUUCACGAUCUCAAUCGGAUUUUUGAUAAUAAGACAUUGUACAACUUCUUGUACAUGGCUCAAGAUGCUGCUAUUGUGGAUUCACCUCGUCGGAGGCAAGGGCUUUUAAGAGAUCAGGUUCAAUUGGUUAAAAGAAGGGAUUGUGAUCGCUACGAAAUAGCGCCUAUCCAAGAAUCACUUUCCUUUGAAAAAGGUUUCUUCAUAGUUAUUCGUGCUUGCCAGUUGUUGGCCCAGAAAAAUCAAGGAAUUAUUCUUGUUGGAGUUGCUGGUCCUUCUGGGGCAGGGAAGACUGUAUUCACAGAGAAAGUUCUCAAUUUCAUGCCAAGCAUUGCUGUUAUUUCUAUGGAUAACUAUAAUGAUGCUAGUCGUAUUAUUGAUGGCAACUUUGAUGAUCCACGGCUAACAGACUAUGACACAUUGCUGGAAAAUAUUCGUGGUUUGAAAGAGGGGAUGCCUGUCCAAGUGCCUAUAUAUGAUUUCAAGUCAAGCAGCCGCAUAGGAUACAGGACGGUUGAAGUCCCGAGCUCUCGUAUUGUUGUAAUUGAAGGCAUUUAUGCGUUGAGUGAAAAAUUGAGGCCUUAUUUAGACUUGAGAGUUUCUGUGACAGGUGGUGUGCAUUUUGAUCUUGUAAAAAGAGUUUUGAGGGAUAUACAACGAGCUGGUCAGGAACCAGAAGAAAUAAUUCAUCAGAUAUCUGAAACGGUAUAUCCGAUGUAUAAGGCUUUCAUUGAACCAGAUCUGCAAACUGCACAUAUAAAAAUAAUUAACAAGUUCAAUCCAUUCUCGGGGUUCCAGAAUCCCACUUAUGUUCUUAAGUCACCAAAGGCUUUGUCAAUUGAUCAAAUCAAGGCUGUAAUUUCGGAAAAUUUCACAGAAAGUAGGGAGGAGACUUAUGAUAUAUAUCUCCUACCACCUGGUGAAGAUCCAGAAGCAUGCCAGUCUUAUCUUAGGAUGCGAAACCGGGAUGGAAAGUACAACCUCAUGUUUGAGGAAUGGGUCACUGAUAGUCCCUUCAUCAUAUCGCCAAGGAUCACUUUUGAAGUCAGUGUGCGUCUUCUUGGUGGUUUGAUGGCCUUGGGAUAUACAAUUGCGGCCAUCUUGAAAAGAAGCAGCCAUGUAUUUUCUGAUGAAAGGGUGACAAUAAAAAUUGAUUGGUUAGAACAGUUGAACAGAAAAUAUGUCCAGGUUCAAGGAAGAGAUAGACUACUUGUCAGAAAUGUUGCAGAGCUGCUGGGUUUGGAAGGUUCUUAUAUUGCACGGACUUACAUAGAGCAAAUUCAACUUGAAAAGCUUGUAAACGAAGUUAUGGCCUUGCCAGAUGAUUUGAAGACAAAACUUAGCAUAGAUGAUGACAUGGUAUCAAGCCCAAAAGAAGCACUUUCUCGUGCCUCUGCUGAUAGAGUCGCCAUGAGAAACAAGCACCUAAAGAGCACUGGUAUGGCUCGCUCUUUCUCAACUCACCGAGACGAGCAUUUGGCUAAACUUACCAGACUAACUGUAGGGAACAACAAAUAUGAAGGCCGCAACUCUGAAUCACCUUCAAUCAAUUCGGGUGUUAUUACACAACUUUCAGAACAGAUAUCAACGUUGAAUGAGAGAAUGGAUGAAUUUACAAACCGGAUUGAAGAACUAAAUUCCAAGUUUAGCAUGAGAAAGCCUACCAUGAGCCAACAGAACUUGGCUCUUCAAGCUGAUGCCUGCAAUGGUUCAGGACCUACAUCUCUGUUUGUGUCUGGAUUAGGCAAUGGUACCUUGUUACCCAAUUCGUCAUCUUCUUCCCAACUAAAAGACUUUUCUCUGGUUGAGGAGAUGGUGGUAAUUGCACGGGGACAGCGGCAGAUCAUGCAUCAAUUAGACAACCUAUCGAACUUGCUUCAUGAGCAUCUGGCUUCACUGACUCAACCCCGAAGAAUUGAUACCCAAAGCAGCAGGAUAUUUGAUGCAGACUCUAUCGGUAACUCGCUCAUUAUUUUGUUGGCAGUUGGCGGACUAGGAAUUUUCUUGCUUAAGGGUUUAAAUCGGAAUUAAAUACAAAUCGGAAAACCGAAAGUACCAUAUAGAACACAGGAACACUUACAGGUUGCAAGAUACUUGUCAAGUAUCUGUGUUUUCUGCCGAGCACAACCGAAAUUGCAAUUUUUACCAUGCUCUUAUGUCUUGGCGAUAUUAACAUGAAUACUAACCCGUCUUAAAGAUAUAUUUUUAAGACGAACAUCGCCCGCGAUGAGUCUGAUUGAUCUUUUAGCGUAGUGUACCUAAGUUUUGUAAUAUGUUAGCAGUGGAUUUCUCAACACUUGAGAAUAAAUACGUGGUAUAUUCACGUUAAAUUU